AUGCAAUCCCAAUCAGGGCUUGUGAAGCCAAAAGGGCAGCAGGCCGAAGUUCCACCGUCAAGGAAAGGGAAGGCAAAAGCCUCAGAAUCUCCCUUGACCGCCGAGCCGAAGAAGGAAAAGGCUCCCUAUCUGGGGAAAUUUGAGUCUUACACCCCUCUCACCUUACUGCGUAAUAAAAUCUUUAGUGCGACGAGGGAGGAGGGAAGAUUCAAAAAGCCGAAGCCACCUCCUUUUUGGCAUCAAAAGAAAGGGAAGGACCAUUGGUGUGAGUUCCACGAAUCUCGUGGGCAUCGCACCGAGGACUGCCUUCAGCUGAAGGACCAGAUCGAAGAGCUGGUCCAAAAAGGGUAUCUAAAGAAAUAUGUCGCGGAACGCCGUGAAGAGAAGAAAGCCGAGAAAGAUUCUCGGCAAGAACUGGACUAUCACCGGAAAAGGGACAGACCUCCCGAAGGAGGGCACAAUGACAUCCUGACCAUUUCCGGUGGCAUAUCUCGGAACGCACUCAAGCGCCAUCUGAGGGGUCUAACCCAUCAGAUCCAUCAUGCCGAGUUCCAAAAGCCGCAGUCUCCGGUGCCAAACAUGACGUUCACAUCCGAAGACUGCAGGGGGGUGGUGUACCCCCAUGAUGACUCAUUGGUUAUCGUGACAAGCAUCGCAAACCACAACGUCUAUCGGACACUGGUAGACGGUGGCAGCGGGGCGAAUAUACUUUUUCGGAAGGCAUUCGACCAGCUGAAGUUGGAGAGCAGACAUUUGACCCCAGUCCCUAAUCCGGUCACUGGGUUCAACGGCUCUUCUUCAUAUCCGGAUGGGAAAAUUCUUCUUCCCGUCAGCCUCGGCCAGGACUGGGCAAGACGAAGCAUCAUGGCCGAAUUCUUGGUCGUCGACGCCCCGUCAGUAUACAACGUCAUCAUGGGGAGACCUCUCAUCCAUGAUGUUCAAGGAGUCGUCUCGACAUACCAUCAGUCAAUGAUUUAUGUCUCAGACGAAGGACGCUCCGAGAAAAUACUGGGCAGCCAAAGGGAGGCCCGGGAAUGUAACUCCCUCAAGCCAUCCAAGAGUCGCCGAAGCGAUAAGGAUGAUGAGGAAGAAAAGGAGAAGGAAAAGGAGUGGGGCACUAAAAGGCCGAAAGGCCUAAGUGCUUCGGCUCAGGGGUCCCCGAAAAAGAAAGCAUCUUUGGAGACCGAAAAGGCGAGCUCUUCGGACGGACCAAAAGAUUCAGACGAGAACUAG